UAAACGGUUUGAGCUUUUUGAUUUUACGCAAACCGAAUUCAAUCACAUUUUAAACAUAAUGUCAAAGCUCAAAGCUUAAUUUAUAAACACAACUUUGCUUGUCAGUUUUGCUUGUUUUUGAGGUUAGAAUUUAAACAUUGUUGAGAAGUGAUUUAUAUUUUCGGCCUUGUUACUCUCUGUCAAUCGAAGACAAGAGAUACAGUUAUAUAUUUUUAUAGAAACUUAAAUUUCCUUAAAGCUACGUUGUGUACUAAAUAUAAAACCCAGAAUCGUCAUCGUCUAUGACAUCAAAACAAUGACGGCAGACCAAGUAAAUGUUGAAGAAACUAUAAUUAAAUAUGAAAACUUUAUCAAUGACGUGCUUAAAGAGGAUCUACAACGGAUAGACUUGAGAUUACAGCAAGUGAACGCUGAAAUAUCCGACUUAAUACAGCAGAAACACACUUUGAAAGUUGUUUCUGAUAAGAAGGUCCACCCGGAAGGCUUCAAAACUCAAGUUAAUUUAGGCUGUAAUUUCUUUAUGGAGGCGUCAGUACCAGAUACAUCAGCUUUACUUAUAAAUAUAGGCUUGAAUCAUUAUUUAGAACUGAGCUUAGGUGAAGCAAAUAAAUAUUUAGAUUUAAGAAUAAAGGCGUUUGAGAAGAAAGCUGGAGAACUGAGAGAUCAGAGUGCGAAGACGAAAGCGCAUAUAAAACUUAUGUUGUUUCAUAUUGGAGAGUUACAGAAUAACCAAGUGGCAAAUAAUAGUUGAUAAAAGUGAAAACAUCAUUUAAUCAAUAAUGUAUUUUUUAAGGCAUUAAAAAACCCUCAAAAAAGAAUGUGGAUGAUUAUAAUGUGAUAUUUCUAUAAAUUCCACUUUAUUUUGUAAUUUUAUCUACAUAGUGCUAUAGAGUCUAAGUUAUAUAUCUACAUAGUAUAGUUAUAUAUCUAGUAUUAUAUCUACUUGUAAGUUGACACUGUCUUAACCUCCCAAAGGCCGAGAUACCCAAGUUGUGUUGGUUGCUUCGAACUGGACACACUUUUCUUGCUUCCUCCACAUUCAUCAAUUAUUUCACACACGCACACCAGUUCAAUAGUAGAUCAAACCUUAUCUAAGGACAUCUCCAAUUUGGUCAAUGUAUGCAUUCUAAUUCUUUGUCUGCCAGCCCUACCACUUAUAUGUCGCUUUCGUAAGAUUAGACCAGGGUAAAAGCAGCAAGAGUCCUUACUAUAAGAGUUUUUACAAUGGGAACAUUUUAUUUUAAACAUCAUGUCCAGUGAUGUGCUGUUCUUCGGAAUAUUCCCACUUUGGGAAUGUCCCGGCAUUAAAAAGGCGCAAAACUUACGUAAAAAGAGCUUUAUUACCUUUUAGGCAGAUAAGACCAGAGUACAAGAAAGAACAAUUUGAAAUAGAUUAGCAGCCAGUGUCCUUACUAUUAAAGAGUUUUUACAACGAGAAUAUUUCCACUUUGGAAACAUUCCCAGGAACCACACAUAGCUAUUGAAGAGUGUAACAAAGAGCCAUUGAAGAGUGUCCCUUCUGUGUAAUAUUAUUGUUUAUUCUAUGCUCGUGGUUUAGCAAUUCUCACUAUUAACAGCAACUAAUGUUUUAAUGUAAGUAAAAAUGUGAUAAAUGAAAUAAACUUUUGUUUUA